AUGGCAUCUUCAUCGUCCUCAAGCGCGUCGUCCUCAAGCGCAUCAUCCUCGCACUCCCCAACUCCUGAACCUGUUUCCAAAAAGCGCCGAUCUUCAGCUAUCUCUGAUUCCGAUUCCUCCAAUGAUAGUGAUUCGAGUGACUCCGAACCCGAGCAAUCAAACGAACCGGUUCUUUCCCAUGCCGCCAAACGGAAGGAAAAAAGAAAGCUGAAAACAAAGGACACAGAAGCUCCAGAGGGGGACAAGAAAAAAAGUACAAAAGCGGCCAGUGCGACGCAACCAAAACGGCAGAACUCUGUAUGGGUCGGCAACCUGUCGUUUAAAACAACCGCGGAAGCUUUGAGACGGUUCUUCGGGGAUGCAGAAAUAACACGCGUGCAUAUGCCCACAAAAGCUGGAGACAAUAAUUCUAAUGGUCCAGAUCGCAAAGAGAAUCGCGGAUUUGCUUAUGUUGAUUUUGCUACUCCUGAGGCCAAAGUGGCCGCCAUCGCCAUGUCUGAAAAUCCGCUUGAUGGUCGAAGACUCCUCAUCAAAGACGGUGGUGACUUCACGGGUCGUCCUGCACCUGCAGCUAAUGCGAGAGACGCAGCAAAUGGCGGCACCGUACCCCUUUCGGGCAAGGGAAUGUCGAAAACGGCCCAAAAAAUCCUCAGCGCACAAAAACAACCCCCAGCUCCCACUCUGUUCUUGGGAAAUCUCGGCUUUGAAACCACCGAAGCGUCGAUACGCGACCUCCUCACAGCACAUAGACAACUCAAGCCCAAGAAGGAGCCGGAAGUAAAAGAUGAAGAGGAGAAGGAGGGGAAGAAGGAGAAAGAGGAGAAAGAGGACGUAUGGAUACGAAAAAUUCGUAUGGGGACGUUUGAGGACAGUGGACUGUGUAAAGGCUUUGCGUUCGUCGACUUCACGAGCAUAGAACAUGCCACUGCUGCUCUCGUCAACCCCCAAAACCAUUACUUGAACGGUCGAAAACUAGUCGUCGAAUAUGCAUCAGCAGACGCUGUUCGUCGUGGUGGUGGCCCCGGUGCUGCGGGGGCCAGGAUCAAGCGCCUACAUGAAGCAAAUCGCUUAGACCCCAGGAAACGGCAGAGAGUCGAUAGCGAGCCGUCCAACGCUCAUUCUGAAGCACAAGAGGUUGCUCCAAGAAAAGAGGGUCGCGAAGGUCGCGACUCAGGGUCUGGCAGACCUAGGGGAGGCGGUGGGAAGCGCCCACGGCCUACGCCUGGCGCUGCUCUGGCGUUAGCAAAAAGAGAGCAGGCAGCCAUUGUCCCUAGUCUCGGAACAAAGAUUACUUUUGAUUCAUAGUGCCUACAGUUACGUCCUUCGCAUUCUAUGCAUAUCAUCAUCAGUCUUGAGUUAUGCACCAAUUACGGAGGCCUGAGGACGCGCAAUAGCGCGUGUUUCAGGGAGCGCGACUAUUAUGCUGGAGUAUGUAUGUAUAUGUGCGCUACAAAUUUACUCGUCAUCCUCUUCCACCAUGCCGACUUCGUAUUCUCCACAAACAUCCCAACGCGAGCCCUCAGCAGACGCAGAGACGUACUUGACAAACCGCAUCACGCCUUCGUCUCGAAGGACGAGCAGCAAACUGUUGAAUCCAGGCUGAACUGUGAGCAAGGUACCGUCCUCUUCCUCUUCGUCAUCAUCGUCAUCAUCACCUUCACCUUCACCUUCACCUUCAUCUUCACCUUCAUCUUCACCUUCACCUUCACCCUCGUCUUUACCGUCACUGUCGCCUUCGCUGUCAUCGUCUUCAUCCAUGGCGUCAUCAGCAUCACCAGGACUACUCUUUUUUGUGGUAUUAUUGGAGACUAUAUGACCAUUAUGCGGGGAGGUAUGAGCGACUCCGGUCACAUCCUUCCCGUUUGCGCCAUUUUCCUCUUUAAGCCCGUUGGCAGAAGCUUUGCUACGACUGGGGCCGGAGCGGUACACGGCCGGGUCAUCUUCCUCGCCAUGAGGAGCCAUAUAGCACUCCCAUCCUCCCCACUCGCCCGAUUGCCAGCCGCGUGGCUCGUCAGCCUUGUCUUUCCCCUUCACGCUCUCGCCGCCUACUUCUCCCACUUGCGGCGUCAACCCGAGCACCACAUCAAGCCGCGCCUCG